AUGGGGGUACCGUCUCGACCCCAUUCCACGACCGGAGUCAAGCGCUCGAGGCCGCACAACCUAAAUGUCCUCCAGCGGCGCUACCACGCGGAAUUCUACGAGACCGUCGCGAAAGUCAUGGCCCUGCGCGCCAGCUACCUGCAGGAGCGCAUCCUCUUCGUCAAAGGGAGCGAGAUGGUGGCAAUCCUGAAAGGUCUGGGCGCAAGAGACGAAGACUUCCCGCUCAUCCAGCGGAUCAGCGACAGCACAGGGCCGGACCCAACCUUCGAAUACAGGACGGUGACGGCCGCACGCUACUGCCUCGACUCGGAGACGCGGUGUAUCCAGCGCCUGGAGAAACGGUCACCGUUGAGCGCGCGGGCCGCCGAUGAGCAUUACAAACGCUACGACCCGGGCCCCCAGCGGGAAUUUGACGAAGCGUCGAUGGAGGUGCAGGGGAACACGGUCGUCCAGGCGCUGAUGCUGUUCAAGGCGCUGGUGGUCCACAAGGUGGCGGUUUUCCCGCGCGAGAAACUGGACUACGCGUCGCAUCAGUGGGUGUGUAGUGUGUUCAACGUGCGGAUCAUGACCGACGAUCGCCAGGGGGUCCAGGGCGAGCCAGCGACCGGCGGCGUGCAGUCCGAUGGGUCGGAUCACACCAUGACUGUGCUCCUGGGGUCGUCGAAUAUGCGCUCCGACAGCGCGGUCACCUACUUGCAUGACAACUUGGAGACGACGGGGGCACCCUUGUGGGAGACGAAUCCGGCCCUGAUCCGAGGGCGGGUGCAGCAUCGCAACUUUCUCGACACCCUCGUCUUUGCGGACCACCAUUACAAAAGAUGUGUCACGCAGCUCAACGCCUCUGAUCCCUCGGAGCGGGCGUGGCGUGACAUGCUGGUCGUUUUCACCCGAAGACCAAAACUGGAUGAGCACGGCGUGGGUCACACGGAGACGCAGACACUGCACGCAACAUGUCCGUUGCAAAUUCCCAUCUGGCUGCCUUGA